UUGAGUGUCUUCUGAUAUUUCCACUAGAUAUUACAGCCACAGCUGUAAACUAUGUCGUAAAAUAGCUUUUUGGUCUUAAUUUAAGGUUAGGAGUGUGGUUAAGGUUUCGGUUACGGUUAGGUUUAAAAUCACAUUUUAAGAAGAUAAAUUGUAGAAAUAGGCGGGGUUUAGGACUUUGUGGCUGUUGUCACUAGUGACGACCCCUUACCUAACCGAACAAAAAUAACAAACAUUCGAGGUGAACGAUAGAGAACGCAGUGUACGAGGGCUGUGCUGCGUGAGCCCCUGGCACUGCCUCCUCGUCCACCAGGCCUGGCCUGAGCCAGAGAGGGAGAGAGACGGCACCUCCACACCACACUACAGCCCAGAGGUGUCUGUCUGUCUGUGGUCCACAUCAACUUCACCCCUAGAAGAGACAUAUUUUCUCUGUCUCUGUCUCUGAUCAGACAGUUGGGGCCAUGGAGACCUCUGAUGAAGAGGAGGGGCGCACCUUCGUCCAGGUGGUCAGUGAGAAGUAUAACCCAGAGAAUUUCCCAUACUGUCGUGGGAAUGGCAUGGGUGUCGUGGUACUGUCUAGUCCACAGGGGUCGCCCAUCAAAGAUCGUCUGAACCUGCCCAGUGUGCUGGUCCUGGAUGGCUGUGGCAUCAGUAAAGCUGGGGACAAGGCUGAGGUGGCCACCUUCUGUGCCCAUGUGGUGGAGCUGGACUUGUCCCACAACCAGCUGCAAGACUGGGGGGAGAUCUGCACGAUUGUGUCUAACAUCCCCAACCUGGACUUUCUUAACCUGAGUAUGAACCCUCUGAGUGGGAUUGAACUGGAGCCAGGCCUGGCUGAGGUGUUCUCCCGAGUCCGCCGCCUGGUCCUCAUCAACACGCGUGUCACGUGGGACACGGUACACACACUCACACGCCAGACCCCAGAAUUGGAGGAGCUCUUCCUUUGUCUGAACGAUUAUGACCAGGUUGCCGAGUCCCCGGUCCCCUGCCCCUCCUUGCGCCUGCUCCAGAUCACAGACAACCAGCUACAGGAGUGGAGUGAGGUGCGUAAGUUUGGGCCGAUGUACCCGUCCCUGGACACCUUGGUGUUGUCCAACAACAGACUCAGCUCUGUGGAGGAGGACACACCUCGGGACUCACUGCAGCGCCUGUUUCCUAACCUGCGCAGCAUCAACCUCAACAACUCAGGGCUUAACCGAUGGGAGGACAUAGAGAGGCUGAAUUUCUUCCCUAAACUGGAGGAGGCGAGGCUGAUGGGGAUUCCCUUACUGCAGCCCUAUACCAACAAAGAGAGACGCAGCCUCACCGUGGCACAGUUGCCAUCUGUGACUAUGUUGAAUGGGAGUGUGGUGACGGAAGGGGAAAGGGAAGACGCUGAGAGGUUCUUCAUCAGACAUUACCUGGACUGUUCUGAAGAGACGCUGCCUCAGAGAAAGUAUUCAUACCUCUUGAAUUAUUCCACAUUUUUGUAUAUUUGGCCUUCAUUUAUUUGGGCUGCAAUUUCUGAGGCUGCUCUUUCUCAAGAGAUCAUGUACCCCUAUGGGCCCGUCCACCGAGAUCUGGAGACACCCAAGAUGGAUGAUGGAAGUUCCACUGAAAUAAUUAUACUCAUGCCAUUCAUUUUCUUUAAUAACCCCUACCGCUCCAUCUAUGUCAACAACAACGGUGUGAUCUCCUUCAACGUGCAGGUGAGCCAGUUCACCCCAGAGGCCUUCCCCCUGAGUGACAGCAGAUCCUUCAUCGCCCCACUAUGGGCAGACGUGCACAAUGGUAUCCGCGGAGACGUGUACUAUCGCGAGAGCACAGACCCAGAGAUACUGCAGCGGGCCUCACAAGACAUCCGCAAGUACUUCAAGAACAUGCCCACCUUCACAGCAACCUGGGUCUUCAUCACAACCUGGCACCAGGUCACCUUCUACGGAGGCAGUCAGACCACCCCGGUGAACACGUUUCAGGCUGUAUUGAUAUCAGAUGGUCUGUCAUGCUUUUCCAUGUUCAACUAUGGAGAGAUCAACUGGAGCACAGGCACUGCCAGUGGAGGAGACCCUCUGACUGGUUUAGGUGGAACCACAGCACAGUCAGGUUUUAAUGGAGGAGACAACGGUCACUUCCUCAACCUGCCUGGGUCCCGCUCCAAUGAGGUGGUUGAAAUCGAGCAGACGACCAAUGUUAACCUGCCUGGCCGCUGGGUCUUCCGUAUAGACACUGCCCUAAUAGACCCUGCCAAUGGCUGCAGUUACAAUGGGCGGUUCUAUCGACGCGGCGAGAUCUUCUGGCUGUCUGACCAGUGCUCCCAGCGGUGCCGCUGCCUGGACAUGGACAACGAGGUGCUCUGCCAGGACGCGCCGUGCGGCCAGCUGGAAACGUGCGAGCAGCAGGAGGGUGCCUUCUACUGCCAGCCCACGCGAACCAGCACCUGCGUGGUUUUCGGUGACCCACACUACCACACCUUUGACGGCUUCCUCUACCACUUCCAGGGCACCUGCUCCUAUCUGCUGGCCCGGCCCUGCUGGGAGGUGGCUGGCCUGCCCUUCUUCAGUGUGGAGGCAAAGAACGAGAACCGUGGCGUGGCCUCCGUGUCCUGGCUGAGGGACGUCACCGUGGAAAUGUAUGGCCACCGCGUCACCCUGCCUAAGGGCAGCCAGGGCACUGUACAGGUGGAUGGGCUGGUGAAGACACUGCCAGUCCAACUCCAGCUGGGUGCGGUCAGAGUGUACCAGUCAGGUGUUGCCGUCGCCCUGGAGACCGACUUCGGCCUCCUGGUGACUUACGACGGGCAGCACUAUGCCUCUAUCUCCCUGCCCAGCUCCUACUUCAACAACACAUGCGGCCUGUGUGGUAACUAUAACGACGACCCUGCUGACGACCCCGUGCUGCCCGACGGCUCGCUGGCCGAGAGCGUGGUGGAGCUAGGUGGCAGCUGGCGGGCGGAGGACGCUGACUGGCGCUGCACGGAUGGCUGCGCCCAGAACUGCAGUGUCUGUGACCCGUUGACCGAGGCGUUUUACUUCCGCCCGGAUUACUGUGGACUCAUCAACAAGACAGACGGGCCUUUCAGGGACUGCAGGGCAGUGGUGGACCCCACGGCCUUCGUCUAUAGUUGUGUCUACGACAUGUGUAGCAACAGGGACAACAUUACCACCCUCUGUCAGGCCAUCCAGGCCUAUGCCUUAGCCUGCCAAGCCCUGGGGGUCACCAUACGACCCUGGAGGUCACGCACCUUCUGUGGUGGGUCCCUGACAUGCCCUGAGUCCAGCCACUACCAGGUGUGCACCAGUGCCUGCCCGGCCUCCUGCUCAGACCUCACCUCUCACCUGUACUGUGCCCACCCCUGCACCGAGGGCUGCCAGUGCGACCCGGGCUACGUGCUGAGUGGCAGCCGCUGUGUCCGGCACCAGGACUGCGGCUGCGAGCGUGACGGCCUAUACUACCCGCUCAACUACACUUUCUGGGCGGGCCCCACAGGCGAGGGCAGAGAGUGCACCCUGCGCUGUGUUUGUGGGCCCAACGGCGAAGUCUCCUGCUUCAAUGACUCGUGUAGAGAAGGCGAGGUGUGUGUGGCGGAGGUCGGCCUGUUGGGCUGUUACCCCCGCAGGGAGGGGGUGUGUUCUCUGGGCCAGAACGUUGUGACGGCCUCCUUCGACGGGGCCUCCAUGCUCUUCCCGGACGACAGCUCCUACUACCUGCUGAGGUCGUGCGGCCCGACGCCAGCCAAUGUGUCGGCUGUGGAGGUGAAGAUGGGCCGGCGGUUGGUGAACAAGGGUCCGGCCUGGAUGCGGCCAGUGGUGGUCAGGGUGGCCAACCUGGAGGCCCAGAUGGGUGGAUCGGACUUUGACACAGUGAAGCUGAACGGUGAGCCGGUUCUACUACCUUAUAUCCACCCUCUGGAGACCCUGAUGAUCUACCGCGCCCCGGGCAACGCUACCGUGGUGGAGUCCAGCGGAUUGGUCCUAGUCCGCUACACCCGCCAGGGCUUCCUCAACAUCUCCCUCUCUACCCUCUUUUACAACGCCACCUGUGGCCUGUGCGGCCUCUUCAACGGAAACGCCAGCGACGACCUCCGUCUGCCCAACGGCCGUCUGGCCGAAUCCCCCGAACUCUUUACCGAAGGCUGGCGGGCCAUCGCCGACGACCUGACGUGUAACGGCGAUUGCGACGACCUGUACCGCAUGUGCACGGACCUGCGGCUCUACCAGAGCCCUUGGAUGUGCGGCAACAUCAACGACCCGGGGAACAGCUCCUUCCUGGCAUGCCACAGCGCCGUCAACCCCUCGCCGUUCUUCCGGAACUGCCUGUACAACAUGUGCGUGCGGGAGGGAAACCGCUCAGCACUCUGCUCUUCGCUGCAGGCGUAUGCCUCGGCCUGUCAGGACGCCCAGGUGGGCCUUGCCGCCUGGAGGAGUGCCACCAAUUGCCCCUUGCCCUGUCCAGAAAACAGUCACUUCGAUGAGUGCACUAGCGCGUGCCAGCUGACCUGCGCCGGCCUUGACGAGCCUGACGAGCCGUGCCCACUGCCUUGCCAGGAGGGUUGCCAGUGCGAGGAGGGCUUUGCGCUGCGCGAUGGCCAGUGCGUGGCGCGCAGUGACUGCGGCUGCCUCGACCUUGGCAGCCGGCAGCUGGUCACCAACCAGACCUUCUGGACCGACUGGGAGUGCAAAGAGCGCUGCUACUGCAACGGCUCGGACAACAGUGUCUACUGCACGCUGGCACCAUGCCGGGAGGGCGAGUACUGCCAGGAGGGCCUUGAGGGCCUCUACUUCUGCCAGCCGCGCACCGAGGCGCUAUGCGUCGCUGCCGGUUACAGCCACUUCCUGCCGUUCGGUGGUGUGCCCUUCGAGCUACAGAGCAGCUGUACCUUGAGGCUGGCUACGACGUCCGGGACGAGCAGCAGCGCCACCUUCCCUCGCUUCAAGCUGUCAGCCCGGAACGAGGAGAGGGACACUGGGCAGGCCAUCUGGGUGAGAGGGUUCGUCUUGGAGGUCUACGGCUAUGAGAUUGAGGUGUCUCGGAGCUACAAACACACCAUCACGGUGAAUAAGGAGCGUCUGUACCUGCCUCUGAAGCUGGGGCCAGGAAAGGUCCACAUCUUCACCUUCGGCAUGCAGCUGGUGGUGGAGACGGACUUUGGCCUGAAGGUGGCCUUCGACUGGAACACCCUGCUCCUGCUCACGCUGCCCAGACGCCUCUACAACGCCACCUGCGGCCUGUGCCAGGGCAUUCCACUCUCCUCUCCACCCACCCUCACCACCAGCGACUGGGGCAUGGCCUGGGCUGAUCGGGACACCUUCUGCCAGGUGGGCUGCGGCGACUCGUGCCCGCGUUGCGGAUUGGUCGAGAGAGGCCUCGGCGCCGCUGUACGUCUGUGCGGGUUGAUCGUGGACCGUGGUGGUGUGUUUGCGCGCUGUCACAGCAAGGUGGCGCCAGCGUUCUUCUACCAGAGCUGCCUGCAGGACACGUGCCUGGACCAGGGCGCCCCGGAGACCAUUUGCAACUGGCUGCAGAUCUACACCAGCACAUGCCAGACCCAGGGGGUGCGCGUGUUAGGCUGGAGGAGUGACACGCCCUGUGUGCUGACGUGCCCAGCCAACAGCCACUACUCUGGCUGCAUGUCCGUGUGCCAGCCGCAGUGUGCCCCAGCCCGCGGCCAGAGGGAGUGCACCCAGGACUGUGUGGAGGGCUGUCAGUGUGACCAGGGAUACGUCCUCAACGGCAAGGGCUGCAUCCUGCCCCAGAACUGUGGCUGCUACACGGAUGGCAAGUACUAUGAGCCCAAACAGCUGUUCUGGAAUGGCGACUGCACCAAGCGCUGCCAGUGCAUCGGCCGCAACCUCAUCCAGUGCGACCCGCGCCGCUGCAAGGCCGAGGAGGAGUGCGCCCUGCACCACGGCGUGCGCGGCUGCUUUGCCCGGCGCUCGCAGCACUGCGUGGCAUCUGGCGGCGGCGUCUUCAGGACCUUUGACGGGGCGUCCCUGCGUCUGCCUGCCUCCUGCUCCUUCGUACUGUCCACCAACUGCCACAAGCUACCCGACCUCUCCUUCCAGCUCAUCGCCAACUUCGACAAGUGGAGCACGCCCAACCUCACCACCAUCUCCCACGCAUACCUCUAUAUCAACGAGGAGAAUAUACUGAUCUCCGGGAGCACCGUGAAGGUGAACGGCACGCCCGUGUCGGUACCAUUCGUCACAGGUUUAAUGACGCGCGUCUCCACGUCGGAGGGCUUCCUGGUCAUCGACACGCCACAGGACAUCCAGGUGCGCUACAACCGCUUCAACACGCUCAGUAUCACCAUGGGCCAGCGGCUGCAAAACAAGGUGUGUGGCCUUUGCGGCAACUUCAACGGAGACCCCACUGACGACUAUAUCACCUCCCGCGGGAAGCCGGCCGUCAGCGCCCUGGAGCUGGCCCAGAGCUGGAAGACCAAUGGCAUGCAGAAUAGCUGUGACGAGACCCAGUACGUGGCGCUGGCCCAGUCGUGCGAGAACACGGCCGUGCUGGGCCUCCAGGGCGAGGAGGGGUGCCAGAAGCUCACCCAGAUGAAGGGCUUCUUCCAGCCCUGCCACGGCCUGCUGGACCCCAGGCCCUUCUACCAGUCCUGCUACCUGGACGGCUGCUACAACCACCGCAAGGCCCAGGUGUGCGGCUCACUGGCUGCCUACGCCGAGGCCUGCCGCUCCCUGGGCACGCUCACCACAAAAUGGAUCGCCCAGGAGAACUGCUCAGAAUGGAUCUACGACCCCUGCGCAGGAGAGAUCUGCACCAACAACACGUGUGAGCAGGAAAACGGGGGAGACCUGUGUGGCUGCCCCGAGCUGCCCAACAACGCUGGGGAUGAGGAUGACAUCAUCCAGGCAGAGGUGACGUGUAAGCACGCCCAGAUGGAGGUGUCCAUCUCCAAGUGUAAGCUCUUCCAGCUGGGCUUUGAGCGUGAGGACGUGAGGAUCAACGACCAGCACUGCCCCGGCAUUGAGGGAGAGGACUUCAUCUCCUUUCACAUCAACAACACUAAGGGUCAUUGCGGCUCCAUCGUACAGUCCAACAGCACACACAUCAUGUACAAGAAUACAGUGUGGAUUGAAAGCGUGAACAACACUGGCAACAUCAUCACCAGGGACAAGACAAUCAACGUGGAGUUUUCCUGCGCCUACGAGCUAGACCUCAAAAUAUCCCUGGAGACCGUGCUCAAGCCCAUGCUCAGUGUGAUCAACCUCACCCUCCCCACCCAGGAGGGCAACUUCAUCACUAAGAUGGCGCUGUACAAGAACUCGUCGUACCACCAGCCAUACCGCGAGGGCGAGGUGGUGCUGAGCACGCGGGACAUCCUCUUCGUGGGGGUGUUUGUGGAGGGGGCCGACGAGAACCAGCUCAUCCUCAUUGUCAAUAUGUGCUGGGCCACGCCGUCCCGCUACAGCAGCGACCGGCUCCGCUACAUCAUCAUAGAGAGAGGUUGUCCCAACAUCAAGGACAACACCAUCGGCAUGGCUGAGAACGGGGUGUCCCUCACCUGCCGCUUCCACGUCACCGUCUUCAAGUUCAUCGGGGACUACGACGAGGUCCACCUCCACUGUGACGUGUCGCUGUGUGACCACGAGAUCAAUGCCUGCAAAGUGAACUGUCCUCACAACAGGAGGAUGUACUCAGACUACAGCGAUCAUAAGGAGCAGAUCCUCACUGUAGGACCCAUCAGAAGGAGAGAGUCGGACUGGUGUGAGGUGGGUAACGGAGGCUGUGAGCAGAUCUGCACCAGUAAAGGGAUGGGAACUGUGUGUAGCUGUGUGACUGGGAUGCUGCAGAGGGACGGCAAGAGCUGUAGAGCUGUCAGCUCCAGCGUUGACCUACGACCCCUCGUUCUCCCUCUGGCCCUUAGCACCGUGGUCUCCGUGCUCCUUGCUCACUCACACACUUCUCUCUUCUCCUAACACUGGGUGGACAGUUAGAGAGAGAGGAGGGAGAGAGAGACAGAUAAAAAGAGAAGAGGAGAGCAGUAUAACACGAAAUCACAGCAAACUAGAGAGCAGACAGCUACACUUCCUGCUCACUGUCACAGAGACAUCCACAGCAACCAAUCACAGAGACGAGAAGCCCUUCCCUCCGGAUGCACUAAACAACAACAACUCACAAGGCCCUGGAUCACAACAACAACAACUCGCAAGGCCCUGGAUCACAACAACAACAACAACUCGCAAGGCCCUGGAUCACAAUGGAAAAAGCCCCCCAAAAGACUAUUUUUACUCACGUAAACUUUAGCUAGACAGAAGAAAGUCGGUAUAUUUCAUUUAACAAACAGCUUAGUGAGUUAGUGCUAGAUAAAGCGUCUUUUUUCAAUGAGAUGUGAGGGCAUAGUUUGCCCUACAUUUAUCUUUGAUGGCAAAGCUUGGUUGCCAAAGUGAUUAAAACAAUGAUUUUAUCAUUAUUUAUGUGUGAAGUCAAAGGCCGUGUAUGUGAAUCGAUUACCUGUUCACCACUCAGCCCCUAAUCCCCUACUCUGAAAAUACUGUAUGAGUCUCAAUAACAUAUAAAGUAAUGCUCUGGUUGAUGUGCCUUGACUACCAAAGGGUUUGGUCACACUGCCAUUCUACAUGCCUACUCAUGUGCCAGCCUCAAUCAGAAACAGUUCUAAAAUAACUUGUAUGUUUAAAAUGAUACUCCAAGAAACAUUUGUUUGAAAAAUAAUGAAUAUUGUGAAAGUUAAAUUACUUCUCAAAAUGUUUUUUAAUUUAAUUUUGUGCACAACAUACAUUUUGUAAAAAACGAUUUAGGUCCAGUUCUUCAGACCGAUUUCAUUAUGAGCUAAAUAGCAAAGUGACCUGGGUCAAAAUGUUCUCAGCACAUGAAAUAAGUAAUGUUUUUGUACAAUGACACAGAAAGAAGCUAAUCCCACUCCAUAUAGCUAGCAAUAACAAUUUAUGUUAGACAAUAUUGGAGUAUCUCAUAACAUUUUCAUUAUGUACAAAUCUAUACUGAACAAAAAUAUAAACGCAACAUGUAAAGUGUUGGUCCCAUGUUUCAUGAGCUGAAA